AGAAGAAAAAGACAGAAACAGCAACGUCACACUUAAACCGUAGUGUUCCUCUUGCCUUUCUGGUUUCCACUAUUGUUCUUUUAGACAUACACAGUUUCAUCAACAAUCCCUCUUCUCAUCUCUCUCUCUCUCUCUCUCUCUCUCUCUCUCUCUCUCUCUCUCUCUCAACUUUGAACAAUUGGGUCUAUAUUUUUGUUCAUACUAUUAUUAUUAGUGUGGCCAUCAUCACUGAUAGAGAAAUCUCUCUCUCUCUCUCUCUCUCUCUCUCUCUCGCUCUCUACUUUAUUUUCUUUCAUUUUUGUUUUAUAUGGUGGAACAAUGAUUUCAAAGACUAUUUCAUGAGUUGUUUCAAUUUUUCUUCUUUAAUUUGUUCUGUUCAUUCUCUGUGUUAAAGUCUACUACUUUUUUUCCUUUUCUGUUUUUGAGUAAGACAUGUCUGCAAGAUCCUAGAAAAAGCAAAACUUGUGUAUCAUAAGAAAGGAAAAAGAAAAACAGAUCCAUGGAACAUGUUAUUAUUAUUAUUACAGUCUUAGGAUUCAAAAGAUUUCAAACUUAAAAGAAAACAUGAUCAAAGGUUUUAUGUUUCAACAACCAUUAGAAGAAGAAAACAUGUCAAAUUUGACUUCUGCAUCUGGUGAAGCUAGUGCUAAUUCUUCAGGAAACAGAAAUGAAAUUGGUACUAAUUAUCAUCAUCAACAAUACUUAGCUCCAUCGCAAUCUACUCAAACUCAUGAUGAACCUCCUCCACCUAAGAAAAGGAGAAACCUUCCUGGCAACCCAGACCCAGAAGCUGAAGUUAUAGCUUUAUCACCAAAGACACUUAUGGCAACAAACAGAUUCAUUUGUGAGAUCUGUAACAAAGGAUUUCAAAGAGAUCAAAAUCUUCAACUUCACAAAAGAGGACACAAUUUACCAUGGAAGUUGAAGCAAAGAGCAAGUAAUGAGAUAAUAAGGAAGAAAGUUUAUGUUUGUCCAGAACCAACUUGUGUGCACCAUGACCCAUCAAGAGCCUUAGGGGACCUAACUGGUAUCAAGAAGCACUUUUGUAGAAAGCACGGUGAGAAGAAGUGGAAAUGUGACAAGUGCUCUAAGAAGUAUGCUGUUCAAUCAGACUGGAAAGCUCACUCCAAAACCUGUGGCACAAGAGAAUACAAAUGUGACUGUGGAACCCUCUUCUCAAGGAGGGACAGUUUCAUAACUCACAGAGCCUUCUGUGAUGCAUUAGCAGAAGAAAGUUCAAAAGCUAUAAUCCCUCCUCCUUCUCCAAUUCCUCAACCAAAUUCUCACAACAUGAUCAAUCUUCAAACUCAAGAUUUCUCAUUGAAGAAAGAGCAUCAAAAUUUCAGCUUUUUAAGACAAGAACAAGAAAUUCAAAUACCCUCUUGGCUUUAUCAAUCUAGCAACAUUGAUAUUUCUUCUUCAAACUAUUCAAGAUUGGAUCAAAAUCAAAUUCAAAGUCUUGAUGAAAACCCUAACCCUAGAAAUGGUCCCACAUUUCCAUCCUACCACCAACCAUCUGAAAUUUCACCUCAGAUGUCAGCUACAGCAUUGUUACAGAAAGCAGCUCAGAUGGGUUCAACCAGCUCAUCACAACAACAAUCCAUGAUCAUGAUAAGUGGGACCCACAAACAUUGUCACGUGUCUGUUGAUGACAAUAAUUUGUCCUCAUGUGAAGACCAAAUCAUAAACAAUUUUUCUUCUUCUGGGUUUGAUGGAACUUCUUUUGAGAAUACUUAUGCUAAGAAUAUUCUUAAUUCAAAUCAUCAUGAUCAUCGUAAUGAUGGCGGUGUCGGUGCCGGAGGAAAUGAUGGAUUUACAAGAGAUUUCUUGGGUCUUAGACCACUUUCUGAUAGUGAAAUUCUCAACAUUGCUGGUAUGGGAAAUUGCAUGAACUCUUCGAAUUCCCAUCGUGAACAAAACCAAUCCCUAAAACCAUGGCAAGGUAAUUAGUUUGGUGUAUAUACUUCAUUUUUGGAUCAUGAAAAAAAUGAAGUUUUUUUUGUCUUUUUAAAUUAAACUUUAUCUUAUCUUUAUUUUAAAUUUAGCCUUUUUGUUUAUGAUAUAUUGUCAAUCUUCCCAAAGGGAAGGAACUUUUAUUGGAAUCCCAAUAUUUUUCAUUUCUUAUGUAUAUGUAUGUAUGCAUGACCUUAAAUUUCUUAUA